AUGGUGAACGUACCCAAGACCAGGAAGACCUUUUGCAAGAGCCGCGAAUGCGGCAAGCACACCCUGCACAAGGUCACCCAGUACAAGGCUGGCAAGGCCUCAGCAUUCGCUCAGGGAAAGCGCCGUUACGACCGCAAGCAGUCCGGUUACGGUGGUCAGACGAAGCCCGUCUUCCACAAGAAGGCGAAGACAACCAAGAAGAUCGUGCUGCGACUAGAAUGCUCGGCAUGCAAGGCGAAGAAGCAGCUCCCGCUGAAGCGGUGCAAGCACUUUGAGCUUGGUGGUGACAAGAAGACCAAGGGUGCCGCCCUCGUGUUUUAA